AUGCUACAUGAAAAUAAAUCUCGCAUUGGCAGUAGCGUUAUUCAUAAUUAUACGUGGAUUAUUCGCGAAUUUACCAAGAUAAAGGCUCUUGCACCAAAACCACAAUGCUUUCAUAGUCCACAAUGGACAUGUAAAAUUUGUAUCUUUGACGAUAACGGUUGUUCAUAUACUCCUUUAAAUUGGAGAUUAAAAGUUCACCCCAACGGGAACAGUGAAAGUUCUCAUAAUAGCAUCAGUUGCUAUUUAGAAGCAAUAUUUCCUAGUGGCGCAGAUUCUUCUUCACGCGCUAAUGUAAAUUUUUAUAUUGGAUUUUAUAUUCCGGUACAGCAGGGUGAAAAGAAAGUAUUUAAACUUGUAAAACGUCGUAGCGAACGACAUGAUUUCUUAAAAGUGAAGCCUACUUGGGGUUGGCCAAACUUCUGCUCAAAAGCCGUGUUAAAUAAUGAAGCGGCAAAUAAUGUGAAUAAUUCAGAAGAGACAAAAAUGCUAUUGCCAUUAGAGCUUCAAAAGAGUGGAAAUUUAGUGGAGGAUGAUACGCUUGUUAUCCAUGUAGUAAUAAUUACAACGAAUCCCGUUGGUAUACUUGAUAGUUUGGAAGAUUCAUUUUCAAAGUUAUCGCUGAGUUCGCAACCUAAUAUGGUGACAUUCCCACAAACUUUGGACCAACCGGAUUUCAGUGAUAUCAAAUUCUUGAUUGAGGGAAAAAUCAUCAAUGCUCAUCAAGUUAUAUUGGCCGAAAGAUCUCAUUAUUUCAAAACUUUAAUUAAAAAUGACUGGAUGCUUGAGAUUAAAAAUUCGAUCCCUGUUAAAAUACAUGAUGUAGAUUACAACACUUUUUAUAAUAUUCUUCAUUAUUUGUAUACGGGUUCUUUAGCCGAAAUCGAAGGAUCAGAUUUUGUGAAAAUUUCCCAACUUCAAAAAAUUUUUAUCGAUGCAGAUAUGCGCAAAACAAUAGAGGUAGAUGCGUUAUAUGAUCUUGUUGACAUUUUAAUUUCUGAAUUAAUUUGUUUAAUAAACAUGAACACUUGGGAUCAUUUGCUUGCAUUUGGAUGGGAGCGAGAUAUUGUGAAGUUAAGAAAAGCGGUUUAUAGAUUCGCGAAAAAGAAUUGGGAUCAAAUUCGCGAAAGUGAACCUUUAAAAAAUAUUUUAAGGGAUGCAAAUGUUGAUGUUACGGAAGAAUUGUUUAUAUCUAUCAAUUCAUAA